AGAUUUCUGCAAUUUUGAAUCACAAAAAAUUAUUUUUGCAAUGGAACUGAAAAUUAAACUUAAUAAAAUAUAACAAAGAAUAAAAAGAUGCUAAAACAGAGAAAAUUAAUUUUGGGAAAUAGUCAUUAGAAAUACGCGUUGAUGAUAUUAAAAUUCUUCAUUCAUGUAUUUAAGCAUUUUGCUUGUAAAGAGCAGAAUAACAUUGAUUUUUUAAUGUUUCUGUUGGGCAGUGCUGGGAAUUUCCUGAUAUCGUUAUUGUCCGAAUGCUCUCUUUCUCGCAGUUUAUUCCUGCAAACAUGUUUAACGAUGAGCAAAGUCAUUGGAAUAUGCAAGAAAUACGUAGUUGAUUUUGCUUACUGCACAGAUGCAAAGAGCAUUAUUGGCAGCUGACAAAACCUUUUGCGUCAGAACCACAAUGUAACAGAUGCGAACUAACUUCAAAACAAACUGUUAUUCACUUCCAUUGUCACAGGAGAAGCGUUUUUUGUUCUUUUUGAUAAUAAGCGUGAAAAACUGUGGCUAUUUUCUCUUGCAAAAUAAUUUAGGUGCGCUGUACCUUAUUUUCAAAGGUACUAAGCUCCACCUUCGCUCUCAUUUGCAAUAGAAAGUAAAAUCUGCAGGUAACCUAAUAAGGUAUGCAAGUCAAAUGCUGCAAUCAUAUGACAUAUCGAAAAGGGACUGCAAGACGAAUGUUGCAAUCAUAUGAGAUCAAAAAAAAUUUUCACUAGCAUUCAGCACUCUAUUUCACAUUAUUGUUUUGUGUUGAUAUAAUUUGUAAGAUCAAUAGCUAAAAAGGCAAGCAAGGCCAAAUGUUUUUUUUAUGCACUUACAAUCUGCAAGUUAAGUAAAUAUGAUUUCAGAAAAAUUCGAAAGCCAAUAUUUUGAAAGCUUCAGCUGUGAACUGGUGGAUGUCUUUAUAAUAAACAAAAUGCUUGCUUUUUGUAGUUUAAGCAGCUUUGAAAGAAAUGCUGUGUAUCGGUCUAGCUUUCCUGUCUACUCCUGUUUCAUGUACUCGCUUGAUUUUGUUGUUAUUCUUGCGAGUGCAGCAGAUUCAAAUACAUGGACCCUAAUCGAAGCUUUUCAAGAUGAGAGUUCUUCUCAAGAGCUUUAUUUUCGCUUUGUUUAUCAUUGUUUGCUGCUCCUGGCAAAACUUUUAUCCUUUUCAAGACAUUUUAUUUUUCCCCAAAUAACGCAGGUUGCUACAAAAAGGAAUGUAAGUAUUUAAUAUUUUAUGUAAUUACGGAAAUGGAAAUAUACAAUAAAAAUAUCUAUAAAGGACAACUGUAUAUAAGUGACAUGACGAUAAAACCAUACUCCGAUUUUAAUUUUCAGUAAGCAUUUUCUUCAAGUUUCUCGCUAGCUCCUUCGAUAGGUUACAGAAGUAUCUUCGAAAACCAAUUAACUUGAAAAAAUUUUGGGAUGUCCCUGGUUCAGCAACUUCCCACUCCUCUCACACAAAAAUUUUUAAAAAUAGCUGAACGUUAAGUUCCAAAAAGACGUUUUGUGAAAAUUCUACUUUCUAUAUAGGUACCAAACGUUGCUUAACGAGUCCAUCUUUGUACGACUCGCAUAAAAGCAUUACACAAAUAUUUUUGAUACAGGAUAGUUAUUUCUCAUUUGCUUAAAGUACGAGAUGUGCUGGCGCGAUUCGAUGCUAUAGGCCUUCUUCUCGCCAUCAAAUCUAACGACCUAUCACUAACAGAUCGCAUGAUUUGAUGCGCUAAGAGACAUUUACGAUGUUGAUAUAAGCCGUCUGUUACGAACAAUUUCCUGCAGUAUGCCUUGAUAUUCGAAAUCAUCAGUAUAAAUAACAGAUAACUCUGGCAGGUAGCCUCUGAAUACGUGGCGUGAUGAACAGCUAAUUUCCACGUUGAUAAUAAAUCUUUAUUGUUAUCAUUAACAAUAAAAACAGCUGUCCUCAGAUUGGUAAGACACUGCUCUGGGCAGAGUUAGGGUCUAUUUGCAAACAGAACUGUCAAGGCCAUUAUCUAACAUGGAUGCAAAGUGAAAAGCUUGCUGCAUUUUUUGAGCAAAUCGAUCUGAAGAUAAGCCAGCAAAUCAUUAGGUUUAGACUGUUUCUGCGCUGUAUUUAUAAUUCUAACACUGAAGUUCUUAUUUGAAGACUGAAGACUGAAGUCUAUGAUCACAAUAGUAACACCUGAUAGAAACUAUGACUAACAAAUACCUGCUUUGAAUUAUCCUUGAACAUCUUUGGUAAUUCAUUCAUGAACUGAAUCCUUGUUGCAAGCGCAAAGUUUAUCUGUGAUGAUCUCUGCCCUUGAUUUUGAGAACGAAUAUGUCCAUACAGCUUAUGAAGUGCUGGCGCGAAUUCUGGAAGCCGGAGCACCAAAAAUUUGGCCUUUCGUUAACGACUUCAUCGAACAGUUUCAAAGUGGUUCAAUCAUAGCUGAUGUCGGUUGUGGUGAAGGGAAGUAUCUACAGUCAAGUUCACGAAGCUGGAUGAUUGGAACUGAUCGGAGUUUCUCACUGUCUGCGAUUAGCCGUUCGAAUGGACACGAGAUAUCAACAUGUGACAUAACUAAAAUGCCUUUUCGAUGUAAUGUAUUUGAUGGCAUUGUCUGCAUCUCUGUUAUCCAUCACCUUGCAACCGAAACAAGACGAAUCAAAGCUUUGAAAGAGCUGACAAGGCUUCUUAAACCUGGCGGGAAGAUGCUAAUAACGGCAUGGGCACUGGAAAAUGAAUACAGGAAGUUCAUAUGCCAAGACGUACUGGUUCCAGCUGACAUAGUCAAAACUGAAGGUAUACAAACUGAUACUCUCAGCCCAUCAUCGUUUAGCAAUUUAUCAUUUGACUUUAUCAAGAACCACGCAACUCGCAUUACAGCUAAACUUGGCGGGAUCCAGGAAUUUGUUCGCCAGGAAGUCGAGUCGUUCAAGUCAAGACUUAGGACGGCAAGCAAUGUGACGGAAACUAUACAGAAUUAUUUUGUUAAUAGAAAACGAUCAAUAUGGCUAUGGGUUGAGGAUAGGACACUGCUGAAUAAAUUAGGAUAUAUCUUUCGUAGCAACCUGCGUAAAACGCAUAGUAGCAACGAUCUUACAUCUGUGCAAAGGGAAGAAAAUCUCAACACAUCAUACGGAGGGAACAAUGAGAGAUGUGGGCUAGAGAGCGCCGCAAUGGAAAACCCAGCCUCAGAUGGGAUACAUAGGUACUACCACGUGUUUCAGAAGGGGGAGCUGUCACGUUUGGUAAAGGAAAAUGUCCCAGAUCUCGAACUGAGUGAUGAGUGGUUCGAGCAAGGAAAUUGGGUAAUUGUCGCGCGAAAAAAGAUGACAGCUGAGGCAGUUUCUUUCGGAUAAACAGGCAUACCACAAUCACUUGAAAAUGCUGUUGGGGAAAGUGAAGAGACUACUGCUGGUUUUAAAAGCAAAAAUCUAUUCACGUUGGACAUUUUUAGGGUUUUUCAAUUAAAAGCUGUCUUCUAGUUCAGGUUUAUCAUUUUGCAGUCAUCCAUGCAUAGGUAGUCAUCUUUACAAAUUGAAUAAAAUCUUUGCCGUAUCUUUGGUAAGCUUAUCACAAAAGAAAAAUAUAGAAGAUUGGAGUCCUUCCUUUAUAAAGGUUUUUUUUAAAGCUAUUAUUCAUUUUAACAGUUGUCGCUUUCAUCCGAUUUUGUAUGAGGUUUGAAUUAUAGGAUUUGUUUAGAAUAAAGUUUUUCUUGACUAAAAA